GUGAACAGCAUCAGUAGAGAGUGGAGUGGAAGGGACCGCAGUGAGGGAGCUGGCUGCCAAGAGGACACAGAAAAACAAAGAGGCCAAGACUGAAAUUAAUUUCUGAUUAGGGACCAUCACAGGAAAAAAAAUGUAUUUCGUAUUUUUAUAAUAUGGAUUAUGACUUGUUUUUUCCCAACUCCUUACCAGACCGGCUUCAUCAGUCCAGCGGCACUGCGCUUCAUUGGAAUGUGCGCUGUAGCUUCUCCGGGACGCAUCUGAAAAGGAAGACAGUGGAACAAGAAUAGAUAAAGCCUCUACAGUCAUUAAAACUCUCUCUUUUUUCAAAAUGCCUCUCUUCUAAUGGGAAAGAUUUUUCCAGUCGCCUUACACAUUUUUGGAGACUUUUACGCUUUUUUUGAGACGUUUUACCAUCCCGAUUGAAAUGAGUGAUGGAAAUUGACAUAUUGUCCAUUAACAGAGGAUAACAAGGUUUAUGAUCUUUUUUUUUUUUUUUUUUUUUACCAAAGUGCACUUGUUUUUCCGGCGAUGAUUGUGCUUUUGAUUGUCCUGUGUAUCACGGAUGGAGUGCUCUCUCAGAUACGCUACUCUGUGCCGGAGGAGGCGGACCAUGGCACCUUGGUGGGGAAUAUCGCCGAAGACCUGGGACUGGACCUUACCAAACUGGCCUCCCGCCGCUUCCAGGUGGUGCCCAGCUCUCGUACACCGUACCUGGAGGUGAACUUGGAGAACGGUGUCCUGUUUGUUAACGAGAAAAUCGAUCGGGAGCAGAUCUGCAAGCAGAGCGCCAGCUGCCAGCUCAACAUGGAGGUGUUCUUAGAGAACCCGCUGGAGUUGUUUCGGGUCGAAAUCGAGGUAGUGGACAUUAACGACAACCCACCCAGCUUCCCGGAGACAGACAUCACAGUGGAGAUCUCAGAGAGUGCUACUCCAGGCACCCGUUUCCCCCUGGAAAGCGCGUUCGACCCGGACGUGGGCUCUAACGCAUUACGCACCUAUGAUAUUACAACUAACAACUACUUUUACCUGGACGUGCAAACCCAAACAGAUGGAAACAAGUUCGCGGAGCUAGUCCUGGAGAAGCCACUGGACCGGGAGCAGCAGGCGGCACACAGGUAUGUGCUGACUGCGGUGGACGGCGGUCAGCCUCCAAGGACUGGCACCGCGCUGCUGGUGGUCAAAGUGUUGGACUCGAAUGAUAAUGUACCGGUGUUUGACCAGCCCGUCUACACGGUGAGCCUCUCGGAGAACGCACCGGUGGGCACGUUGGUCAUUCAGCUAAACGCAACCGACCUGGACGAGGGAUUAAAUGGGGAGAUAGUUUAUUCCUUCAGUAACCACAUCUCCAACCACGUGAAGGACCUGUUCAGCAUUGACCCGCGCACCGGGCGCAUCGAGGUGAGGGGCGAGGUGGAUUUCGAGGAGAGCAGCUUGUAUCAGAUAUUUGUCCAGGCCAAGGAUCUGGGUCCAAACGCCGUCCCCGCGCACUGCAAAGUGCUGGUCAAAGUCACUGACGUGAAUGACAACGCACCGGAGAUCACCUUCAGCACCGUUACCGAGUCGGUGAGCGAAAAGGCGGCUCCCGGUACCGUGAUUGCGCUCCUAAGUGUGACAGACCGGGACGCAGAGGAGAACGGACAGAUCCGCGUGGAAAUCCUCGGUGACGUCCCAUUCAAAUUAAAAUCUUCCUUUAGGAAUUAUUUCACCAUAUUGACCGACGGGCCGUUGAACCGAGAGCAGGUGGACUCCUACUCCGUCACUGUGGUCGCGCGGGAUAAAGGUACACCUUCGCUUGCCACCAGUAAGUCCAUCCGCGUCCAAGUGUCAGAUGAGAACGACAACGCGCCCACUUUUACGCAGCCCAUAUAUGAUGUGUAUGUGACAGAGAAUAACGUGCCAGGGGCGUACAUACAUGCUGUGACGGCUCUGGACCCAGACAUCGGGCAGAAUGCACUCAUCAGCUACUCCAUAUUAGAGUGUGACAUUCAGGGCAUGUCAGUCAAAACAUAUGUAUCAAUCAAUGAGGAGACGGGCUAUCUUUAUGCACUCAGAUCCUUUGAUUAUGAACAGCUGAAGGAUUUCACGUUCAUGGUCCAGGCCAGAGAUGCAGGCACCCCGGAACUCUCCUCCAAUGCUACAGUCAAAGUCAUUAUUGUGGACCAAAAUGACAAUGCCCCCCUGGUGCUGGCCCCUCUGGGGAAGAAUGGCACAGCCAGGGAGCCCCUGCCGCGCUCAGCUGAGCCAGGCUACCUGGUGACUCGCAUCGUGGCUAUGGACGCAGAUGACGGUGAGAAUGCUCGGCUGUCCUACAGCAUUCAGAGGGGAAAUGAGAAUGGCAUGUUCAGGAUGGACUGGAGGACGGGUGAGCUCAGGACAGCAAGGCGGGUGUCGGCCAAGCGAGACCCCCACCAACUCUAUGACCUGCUGAUUGAAGUGAGAGACCAUGGCCAGCCGCCGCUUUCCUCUAGUGCCAGCGUGCUGGUGGUGCUGGUGGACAGUGUCACUGAAGGCCACAACAGCGGGGACCGCGGAGGUACUGCCAAGGCCAAAGAUGGCACCCUGGACCUCACGCUGAUCCUCAUCAUUGCCUUGGGCUCUGUUUCUUUCAUCUUCCUCUUGGUCAUGAUCGUGCUGGCCGUGCGUUGCCAGAAGGACAAAAAGCUCAACAUUUACACCUGCCUGACCAGUGACUGCUGCCUGGGCUGCAGCUCCUGCUGUUCACAGCAGGGCCGGGCCCGCAAGAAAAAGCUUAGCAAGUCAGAUAUCAUGCUGGUGCAAAGCAGUGUUAAUGUGAGUGGAGCCGGUACAGCUCAAGUCCCCGUGGAGGAGUCAGGGAGCUUCAGCUCCCACCACCAAAACCAGAACUAUUGUUACCAGGUAUGUCUUACUCCAGAGUCUGCCAAAACUGACCUCAUGUUCCUAAAGCCGUGUAGUCCAUCUAGGAGCACAGACACCGAUCACAACCCGUGCGGGGCCAUAGUGACAGGGUACACAGACCAGCAGCCUGACAUCAUAUCAAACGGCAGCAUUUUAUCAAACGAGACCAAACAUCAACGAGCUGAACUCACCUACCUGGUUGAUAGGCCAAGACGUGUCAACAGUUCGGCAUUCCAGGAGGCAGACCUGGUUAGUUCCAAAGACAGCGGCCAUGGAGACAGUGAGCAGGGAGACAGUGACCAUGACGCUACCAAUCGAGGCCAUUCCUCUGGUGCCGAUCUGUUCUCUAACUGCACAGAGGAGUGUAAGGCCUUGGGCCACUCCGAUCGCUGCUGGAUGCCGAGCUUCAUGCCCUCUGAUGGGCGUCAGGGUCCAGACUACCGCAGCAACCUCCACGUGCCAGGCAUGGACUCUGUUCCAGACACAGAGGUAUUUGAAAGCCCAGAGCAAACGACCGAUAAGUCAUUCUCCACCUUUGGCAAAGAGAUACCUCUCAGUCAUCAACACCUCCACCACCACCAAAACCACCACCACCUCCUCCAAAACCAUCACCUCAGACACCACCACAGCUCCCUUGAGAGGAAAGAGUUGGAGGCACUUCUGCCUAGCUCCAGAGCACCUUGUAACCCAGCUUAUUUAACGAGGAAAGGGGUUUGCUAGCUCUUUUCAUGUGGACAUAUCGGAAACUGCGUGACUUUGCACAAUCACUCCCCAAUGACCAAGGCUAUAGAAAAAACAAACAACAAAGCAUUAACAUUUCAAUCCAUUUUGCCCUUCCCUCCCUCAACCCUCCUCACCCAGCAAAAAAUGAAAACACUCACGACUACACACAAAAAGAAAAACACCCCCUCUCUGGAAUUCCUUGGAUCACUGCCGGGCUUUGGAGGCACCCCUCUCUCAGGAUUAGCAAAUGGUCAAACAUGGAGAGGGGGUCGGGUGGGUGCAGGCAGGUAGACAAACAGCCUUACUGGGAGGACCCCAUUGUCUCAGCAGGACUGAGAAACUAACAGAGGGGGAGGAAGGACAGUACUGAUGGAGAGAUAAAACUGGUCACUGAUCUCACCGUCCUUUUCCAAUCCGCGUGUGUCUGUUUACAGCACUGAUGUAUACAUCUCUGAGGAAGACAAAACCACAUGAGGACUGGAUAUGUAUAUUGAAGACAAACUGAAAUGAGAGCCUCCCAGAGAAACCACCACUGAGCCCUUUAGGCAUUUAUACUUGCAGAGAGGCGCCAAAUUGUACAGGAGAAUCUUUGUGCAUUUCAAAAUGCAAUACCACAGUUUUCUAUUCUGUUUAUGUGGUCAGGUGUCUCUGUUCUGAUCUCCUUCAAAAUUUGUAAGAAAAGAUUGUAGGCAGGAUAUUUUUUUAUUUAUGUUUUUUUUCUAAUUCUGAGUUCUUUUUGUUUUUUUUUUUCUUUUCUGCUCUGGAGUUAGUUUCUUUAACAUAUCGUGGGCUUGGACAGUGUUUGGCCUGCACUUUUGUGAUUCUAAGGCAUCAAGUAGUUUCUAUUAUGUGUGAGAAGUGUUUACUGUACUCUUUUAAAAGUUUCAAACUGAAUAUAAAACUCUAUAUAUAAAUCCAUCUAUAUCUACUUGUUCUGAAAGCGUGCUAUCCAUUUGCUAGGUUCCACAUUCUGAUUCAGAGGUUUGACUCUUGUUUAAGUAUCCCUGAAGAAGGCUUAUUGUUUUCCCAGUGGGAUACAUAAAGGGAGACAGAGCAGCCUUAGCAGAUAUGAAACUCAAGUUCUCAUUGUUUUACAUUAUUUUUUGUUUUACAAAUUCUUUUUUCCCACUUUUGGAUAUUGAUGAAGCUCAUGUCUAUAAAUAAAAAGAAGGUAAUAAUUUAGAAUGCAA